GUUGCCAGUGCUUCUGUGGAUGGGACAGUUAGGAUAUGGACAUAUGACUCAUCAGCACCAGCAUCAAGAAAUGCAACAAUCUAUUGUGGGGCAGAGAUCAUGUCACUUGAGUGGGAGUGCAAAUCUGACCGUUUGCUUCUCAUAGGCACAGCCGAUGGAGGAAUCAAAGUAUGGAAUGUUGAUGCUAAGCGUGUUGUCUGCGAUCUUAGCUGCACUGAAGCAUUCCCGAGUGUGCUGGACUUAAAAUGCAGCCCUGUGGAGCCAAUUUUUGUGUCUGCUGCAGCAUCGAGAGGGCGUGGUUCGAGUGACAUUGGCAAAUUGGGCUGUGCUUCUUUAACUGUCUGGAACAUGAGGAUGUGGAAGGCUAUGACAGUCCUUCCUCUUGGCGAAGAUCCACCUGCAAUUACUUCAGUAUGCUUCAAUCACAAUGGAAAACUUUUAGCAGCUGCAGCUACUGAUGGAAUGAUACACAUGUUUGAUAUGUCUGUUGGCUUGCAAAUUACCGGAUGGCCGGCACAUGAUUCUGCAAUUAGUUCUGUUUUGUUUGGUUCUGAUGAGACAAGCAUUUUCACUUUGGGUAUAGAUGGAAAGAUAUUUGAGUGGAGUUUGCAGAAUCAAGGCAAAGUACUUUGGUCAAGAGAAUGCAGCAGAUUAUGUAACCUUCAGAAUUCGUUACACUAUAAGCAUGAAAUGGCUCUCGAUGCUGAUGGAAGAAGACUUCUGGUGACAUCCAACUCCCUGAGAGCGCCUAUUUACCAGGUCCGCGGUCAUGCAUAUGGGAUGAGAAGUCUUCCUCACACUGCAUCUAUAACAACAGUAGACUGGCAUCCGACGUCGCCCAUCUUCUUGACUGGAUCUGCAGAUCACUCGGUUCGGGUUACAUCUAUGGCAUGACAGCUUCUGGUUUCUCUUGUGAGUUGUUGUUUUGUAUAGUCCAAUGAAUAGAAAAUGUAAAUUUUAUUUUGUUAUCCAGUGUGUCUAUGUGGACCUUGAAAGCUAUCUGUCCAAUUUUAAGUUUUGAUUACAACCAUUAGUCAAAGGCAUCAUUGAAAGCAACAGUAGAAUAUAAAGGUGCUAGCUUGAUGUAAAUGAGGCUUACGGAAAUAUUAACAGGAAAAGAGGACAGAAGAAGGGAGGUCUUGCUUGAGUAAUCUUUCCUUA